GGGUGAUUAGCAACUGGACUAUUGUUCUUUCGACUUCACUGCUCUUCAAGUUACAUCCUCACAAAAAAAAAUGAAGAACUUGUUUGUCGUCGUUUUAUUCGUCACGACGUGCACAGUUUGCGGUCAAAUACCGGCUGAUUGGAAUUACGAUCCUUAUAGCUAUCAUCCUUACUUUUCACUGGCGCCUGCUGCUCACUCGAACAAGAAUAAAGGGACCCAGACGGUUGCCAGCUUCCGGUCUUCACAAAAAGCUGAUGAACAGCCUCAAGUCCGCAAUAUUUUCACUCGAGGUCUCAUUGCCAGAAUGGAACUUCUCGAGAUCACCGUUGAGAACCUGACCAAGGAAUUGAGAUUAAAGACUACCAAAGAUUUAUCGGAUGCCCACACAAGAGUCAAGGAUUUAAACACAAAACUAGCUGACACUACACAGACUUUGGAAGAAACUAACAACGAUUUGAUAGACACAAAAUCCAAAUUGGAAAGUGUUCAAACGGAUUUGCACGUAACGACGCAAGAUUUGAUCAACACUAAGCAAGACUUGGCACAGGUUAAGACGGAAUUAAUUAAAAAAUUUGAUGGUACCAGCAAUUGGUUGACAGCUACGACAAAGGAUUUGGCGGACACCAAGACGAGAGUUGAUGACCUGACAGCACAGUUGGACGGUACCACCCAAAGUCUGAUGGCCACUAAGAAAGACUUGGCAGACACAAAGACUGACAUUCAGAGUAUCAAAACCAACUUACAAGCAACAUCUCAAGGUUCAGCUGAAACGAAGGUCAAAGUCGGCGAUUUGAUGGCAAAACUAGGCGAAACUACCAAAAAUUUAACGGCUACCAGCAGUAAAGUAGUCAAUCUCAACACAAUACUUUUUGGCACUAACCAGAAUUUGGAAGCCACUUCAAAAGAUUUGACGGCUACCAAGACCAAACUUGACACGAUCAGCAAGAAUUUACGAAAUACAACUCACGAUUUAGAAGUUACGCAAGUUGAGUUGACAGAUACCAAGACAAAGGUUGGAAAACUGAGUGGAAAGCUAGAUGUCACUACCCGAUGUCUCGACGAAACUACGAAAGAUCUGAACGUCACCAAGGGAAAACUUGAGAACACAAACGUGGAACUAAAAGAUACAAUCAGGCGGUUGACUGGAACAACAAAGGACGUGGCCGACACCAAGACGAAAAUUGUCAAUUUGAGUACCGAAUUGGAAGGUACUCUUCAAAAUUUGGCAGCCACUUCGAAAGAUUUAGCGGAUACGAAGACCGAAGUUCGCGGUAUCAAAACAGAUUUGCAAGCAACAUCGAAGGGAUCAGCUGAAACGAAGGUUCAAUUAGGAGAGCUAAUGACAAAACUAAGCGAAACUGCCAAGAAUUUAACAAAAACCAACACAAAAGUUGAGGAUCUGAAUACCAUCCUGUUUGGCACCACCCAAACACUGGAGAGAACUACGAAAGACUUGACAGACACGAAGACCAAACUUGAGGCUAUGAAUAUGGACUUGAAAAACGCAACUCUUGGAAUGGCAGUGUCUAUCAGAAAAGAUGGCACGAAUUAUGACGUCAAGGCCAUUGAGGCUAUCAAGGAGAAACUAGAAGAAGUUGCGAAACGGUCCAGAGAAACAAAAUCCAAACUGGAGAGCCUUGGCACCAAUUUGAACGCUACAAUGAAAGAUCUGACGGACACCAAGACUGAGGUUGAUGUCAUAAAAACUGAUUUGCAAGUGACUUCACUAAGCUCAUCUGAAACCAAAACGCAAAUCGGGACUCUUGCAACCAAGUUGGACGCGGGUACAAGUGCCGCAUCGAUUGAUAGAAUCCCCAAUUCGUGUAAAGAUCUAAUGGAUAUUGGACAUAGGAAAAGCGGAUUAUAUUCCGUAAUGGGGAAAAAGCAAAUCGAAACUGUUUACUGCGAUUUCACCAAACAACCCAACGGAGCGGAUUUUCAGAAAUGGAUUGGUUACGAGGACGUGAAAUCAACACCAACUUACUUUUACGUCCAGAAAAAUACCGGAUUCUCCACGAUGAAUACUCCGAUUCCUUACGAAAUUGAAGUGGUGAACACUGGAGAUGCCAUGGAUAAAUCAACGGGAAUUUUCACGACCCCUCGUGACGGAACUUAUUUCUUUUCCUUCACCGGAGUGGCGAUCUUCCCACCAUCUCCGUCUAAGCUUGGAGUAAGUCUUUUCCUAAACGGCAAUGCAGUCGGGUUAAGUUUCGUACGUGAUGGCAACCCACCGGAGGAUCACAUCGUCCCGGUUACCCUUCAAUCCACACUCAAGUUGAAAGCGGGAGACAGAAUUUGGGUUCAGAUCAAAUACCUUUCUCCGAAGGGAGUCGAACUGUUUGACGAUUCAGACAACCAGACUCAUUUCACUGGUUUCAUUUUACAGGAAGAUAUUUCGCCAUGA